AAAGCCUAUUGCCCUUUGACUAAAGCAUAUACCAAAUGCAUACAUUUAAAUACAAUAUAUAUUUUUUUAAUAGUAAAAACUUAAAGGUAAUUUAUUUAACUACUUUUUGCCUACAAAAAUUAUAAUUUUAAUGCCUAAUUUAAAAAAGUCCUUAUUUUACCAAAAUAACAAAACACUGUAACCUACACUGUUUAUUCAGUACCAUGAUAAUUCAUAUAUAAUAUUUUUUUUACAUUUAAUACAAUUUUUAAAUGUCUGUGGUGUUAGCCAAUAGAUCAUGCUUGCUUAUAUGUACUACUAACACAAAAAUUUUCUCUGUAAAUAAAGAUUAGAUUAAAUUUGCUGAACAGAAACGAUUUCACAGCCUUAUAUUCACUUUAUAAUAAUAUUAAUAAAAAAGCAAUUAACCUGAAUGCACGAAAUGUCCCCUUUUCCAUAGUACUGUAGAAAACAACCUACAGUACACAAUUUUAGGAUUUCACAAUGAACUGUGUAUUAAUCGAAGGGGCUUUUAUUCUACAGCGCCGCGUGCCCUGUGUUUGGUACAGUAUCUGGCACGAGCGUCUGCGCGGAGGACGCGUUUCAGCACUGCGCACAGCGCGACAACAGGCUACAGUAUCUGACACAUUGUUGCGAGCGCAUCGUUGAAAAAUAAAUGUUGACAGUCGUGUAAUGAAUAUUGAAUAAAAGGCCUGGUUAUUGACUGUGCCUGGACCCCGAGGCUUGAUUUGAUGCGACGCUGUGUUCCGGGUGCACGAUGUUUUGUUAUUGUGGAGACGAGGAGAACAGUGGUCUCUUUAACUUAUGGUUCCCCCCAUGUUGUUGAAGAGAGACUACAGUGACAUCCGCUCAUGCCGUAGAUGUACAACUUCUCUAUUUCUCCGAAUCACCCCCGCUAUUCCUCCACCUGAUGCCUCUUGCUUCCUCAUCACGUCAUCUCUUCCCUUAUCUCUCCCUUGUCCAUCCCCGUGUCUUUCCUGACCUCCCUUCCUCUCUCACUCUGUGUCAGAUGUCAUAAUGAUGUGUUGUGGUCGAGCACUGGACUCUCCAUGCACUCUGGCUCUGUUGGUAGGCUUCCAGUUUGCAUUUGUCCUCUACUUCUCUCUGGGAGGUUUUCGGGGCCUAGUGUCUGUUUUGGUUCAUUCCACUGAGCCCGAGUUCGACUACUCACGACCACAUGACGUCUACACCAACCUCAGUUCACUGCUGCUCCACCAUCCAGGACCCAGUGGACCAGAACAGCAGCUCAGAGACUGCGCACUGCCCUCUCCAUUCUUGGUGGGUCCUAUUUCAGUCCACCUCUCCUCACUUCCCUCCCUGGAGGAGAUAAAAGAGAAGAACCCCUUGGUGACGUUAGGGGGUCAUUACCGCCCACCAGACUGUGAGCCGCGGCACCACACGGCCAUCGUGGUCCCCUACCGGAACCGCCAGACCCACCUUCGUGCUCUUCUCUACCAUCUGCACCCCUUUCUGCAGCGGCAGCAGGUCCACUACGGCAUUUACAUUGUGCACCAGUCUGGGAAUUCUACAUUUAACCGAGCAAAGUUGCUGAACGUGGGUGUGCGCGAGGCACUAAAAGAGGAGGACUGGAGUUGUAUUUUCCUUCAUGAUGUAGAUCUGCUGCCUGAAAAUGACCACAAUACCUAUACCUGCCACCCGCAGUACCCAACACAUAUGUCAGUGGCCAUGGACAAAUUCAGAUACAGACUUCCAUACUCUCAAUACUUCGGAGGGGUUUCAGCCGUAACCCCAGAGCAGUACCUCAAAAUGAACGGCUUCCCCAACCAAUACUGGGGCUGGGGUGGAGAAGAUGAUGACAUUGCAGCUCGAGUGCGCCUUUCUGGGAUGAAGAUCAUGCGUCCUCCUUUGGCUAUUGGUCAUUUUAAGAUGAUCAGACAUAAAGGAGAUAAGGGUAAUGAGCAGAACCCUAGAAGGUUUGACUUGCUUAAGCGCACGAGGAUGAAUUGGCGAUCGGAUGGAUUGAAUACCCUGACCUACAAGCUACUGUCCAAAAAGUUGGAGCCAUUGUACACGAAUUUGUCUGUGAACAUUGGGGAGGAUCCACGCCAUCCCUCUGGAAAGUCUCAAAUUCCAAAGUUAGAGCCUCACCAGCCUGCUCCAACCAAUAAGACGAAGACUAAAAACGAGAGCGUGGUCACUGAAGCUAGAACACUAGAACCCAAACACUUAAAGGCCAAUAAUGAAAGUUCAAAUGUUGUUCAAAAGGCUGCUGUGAAACAGAAAGCAGAAGCAGGAUGAUAUUGAUCAUCUAUAGUCGUUACCACAAAGACUACACUCAGGGUGAGUUGAUAACAGAGAGUGGAUGGAAGUUUACUCUGUUUAAACGCCAAUAGACGCUGUUCGGCCACCCUCUGAAUGUUGUUUUUUUAAAUACUGUUAUUGGUGACAUUUGCCCAAAUCCGCAAGCAUCCGCUGAAGAUCUUUGCUGUAGGAGUUUUAUCAUAAUGGGUGAAGCUGCAAACGGUCUCAGCAGUGACCUAUCAUUGUAGUGAACAGUACAAGACCCGUAUAUUUUUCGAGCCAAUCUGCUGCCAGCUGCUGCUCUUCACCCCACACAGUGGGUCUGUUUUUCUGUGCCUUUUCGUGCCCUUCCACUAAUGUCUUAUCAACCUGCCAUAACUCAGUUAAAAUAUGUUUACUGCACAUCACUGUUAUUUAUUUACAAAUAAUAAGAGUUUAAUUGCAUAUUUCAGAUCAAUUUUUAAUCUCUUUUAUCAGCACAUGCUGCUUUGUGAUUUAUUGCUUGAGCAGACUUGUAUCACUGUGGUCUAUUUAUGGUUGUACUGUACCAACUUAGAAAUUAGAAAGGUUUGAUCUUCAAUAGUGAGCACUGGUUUCUUUUUUUUUUAGCUGCUGAGAUAUUUUUUAUUAUUAUAGUAUAAAACAUUAUUUUAGGUAUUGUGUGGUGCCUUUGUUGGAGUACAUUUUGGUUGUAGACAAUCAUUGGGAUAACAAAUCAUAUGAAGUAAAUAUUUAUAAACCUUAUAGAUUACUAUUCUAUACACUGCAUAUGUAAUACAUAUGCAUAUAGAUAUAUUUCUGUUAAAUAGACUUUAUGCAUUAAGUUUAGAGUGUGACUUUAGUGUGAGGCAUUAGGUGAUGGUUUUAUAUUAUAAACAUUAAACAGAUUAUUGGUUUAGGUGAUGGGUAUGUAGUUUCAUAGUUACCUUUUUUUAGUCAAAAAUUGGUUGAAUUGUAUCACCUUAUUAAAAAUGUUAAAUUAUAUAUAUUUUAAAAUAAAAAUCAUGCUGCAUAACACAUUUCAUUGACAUUCUACGAACAUUCAUGCAGUAUUACCAACUAACAGAUUUUUUAUAAUUUGGUGUAGAUAAUAGUCUAAACAUGCUUUAAUGUGGUUUCUGCGGAAAGGCAUACAGAGACAAUCUAUUGCAAAAUAAUUAAAAAUUCACCUAGGACUGUAUGUACAACAUAUUUUACACCUGGACAUACAUUUUCAUAAAUCAAUCAUUGUUUUAUGUGUUCUGAUUUUGUUGCGCUGUUCUUAGUGUAAAGAGUCAGAAUAUCAUUGAAGUACAUGACAAUAGUACUGUAUUUUCCUUACGCAUUUUUAUUACAAACAUUUAUGUGAUGGAUGUAUAUUAUUUACUGCUAUAGUUGUUUACAGUGAGUAAAUUAAAUAUUAAAAUGUUGCAUGUUGCAGGAAUAUCUUGUACAUUAAAACUCCUGUAUACAGUACAUAAAGUAUAUAUUUAAUACAUAGUUUUAUAUCAGAUAUACUAUACUGCUAUACUAAGAAAUAGUCUCUGACUUGAGAACUCAAUAGCUAUAUUGUGAUCUACUCUUGAAAAAAAGAUUUAUGUUAAGGAUUUUAGGAUUAGGGUGUAUGUUUACUGCCAUGACAUGUUUGGUUAUGUUUUGAAUGUGUAUAUGUUUGACUAUGAUGACUGUUGAUUUUAUAUGUAUGUAAAGAUUGCAUAAUGUUGCUGAAGG